CUGUAAGAACAGCUCUUUGAGAUAAAAAAGAUGUGAAAGACUAAAAAAAAAAAGGAUUCUAAUAAGCUUUGAUGUUAUAAAAGAAGACCAAUUAAUACAAAACGAAAGUGUCUUAUGUAAAACUUAAGCGCCUUAGAUAAACUUAGAUCUAAUUUAUCUGCCCUGCCCUCCAUCCUUCCCACCUGCAGCUCCUGCUGCCUGAAGCUGCAGGUGGGGGCGGUGCUUUCCCAUUUGGGCAUCAUUGAUUGGUUGAAGUGCAUUCAUAUUUAGCUCAAAAGAAUCCUUUGCACCUUUUGUAGUAGACUCUCGAACAAGUUCUGUUCCAUCACAAGAAGACAAGCAUGGGAUUUCUGAGAGUCACAAUCUUUUCUUCAGUUUUGUUUUUCCUCACACAGAUAAAUCAGUGUAGUACAUACGGGUGUAGGAUCCUUUCAGCAAGUUCUCCAAGCAGCUCUUCCCUCCUGGUGACAUGGGAAAAAUAUCCAGAUGCAACUGUCUACAUUUUAGACGUCCGAAGGACACACUCCUCAGAUUCGGCUCCGAUUGUUGUACUCGAGAAAGGUGACAUCACUAACAAGGUUGUGCAGGGUCUGCUACCUGGAACCGAGUACAAUGUGACCCUCAAAGUCUUCAGGUUCUACUUUGUAGAUUGUGUGAACACAACAUUGGCACGGACAGGUAAAUUCAUUCGUUUUUUGUGUGCACUGCUGAAAAUAACACAGUUCAUGAGAUAAAGUUAUAUGAAAAUGACUGUACAAGUUGCCCAAAAUCCUGUUCCUGUUCAGUCAAAUUGCACCUUUUCCUCUGCUCUGCUUCCUCAGUACCUGACACACCUCAGAUAUUGGAGGGAAGGCCAUUAUCCAGUUCUUCUAUCUCUGUAAAAUGGACUAAUGUGACUUCUGGACAGUAUUAUAGUCUGCAGGUUUAUUCUCAGACCACUGGAAAAAUGGUCAACUUCACCCUCUUCAACACCUCCACUGUAGUAAGAAACCUUCAGCCUUCCAGUAACUAUGACUGCUACGUCUAUGCAGUUAACCAGGCAGGCUAUGGGAACCGAAGUCAUGUUAGGACCAUCACAACUUUGGUGACGCCUCCAGUAGUGAUCAGUGCGGUCCAAACGAACGCAGUAACGGCAAGGGUGACAUGGCAACCUGUGGACAAGGUCUUCAUGUACAAAGUCACCAUCCAGAACCUGUAUGAACCCACCAGCCAGCCCUCUGUCUACAAUGUCACAAACACCCAGCUGGACGUUGGAAACAUCCGCCCAUGUACCGACUAUCUGAUAUCAGUGUCCUCAUAUAACUCAUUUUUGGUUACAAGCGAGCCCACAACUUACACGUACACCACUAACAAACUGACACCAGUGUCCUCAGUCAACGUGGACUACGAUUGUACAACCAAGUCUGCCACCGUGUCUUGGACGGCUGUUCUUGGCGCCGACUCCUACGUGGCCACAGUUACUCCUAAAAACGGUUCAAAGACUGAGUGCACCAGUCGGAGCACCAGCUGUCAGCUGAGCGCGCUGGAUUGUGGUCAGCUCUACGAGGCUCACGUCACGCCUCUGUCGGGGAACUGCAAGAACUUGGUCAACACCAGCUCUGUCUUCUUUCAGACAGAAAUCCCUGCCCCGCCUGCAGCUGUUUACCUCAAACAGGUGUGUCUCACUAUAGAAGAAGCAGCAAGGACGGUGGGAACAGAAGCAGGACAGCAGCCCCAGAGGACUGGGAUUGGACACCCCUGA